AUGGCGCACCAGUACCUCUUACUGCUUAUCUUAUCACACCAUCUUCAUUCUUCUGGCAAUAUGACUCUGAGAGAAUCCCAAGAGGGACUUUUGGAAUUGCAAGAAAUACAUGAUGGUCCAAAGCCACCUUCUUAUCCUGGCAAUGAGAGUAUGCCUCUUGACGUAAUGUUCAAGAUUUGGCAUACUCGCAAUUAUAGUAACAUCCCCCAACGUCCUAUCCGGUUAAUCUUCGAUGCCAAUGCCUCUGUGGCAGAAGCUGGGCGUUUUGCUUUCCGAAAGUACAUUGGUGAUGUUCCGGAUGACAUCUAUGUGGACUUAAGCAAAAAUUCUUGGCAGGACGCUUUUAUUGAGAUCGGUGAUGAGAAUGAGAAAAUCAAGAAUGUCUUUCAGGAAAGUGAGACGUUAGUUGUUUCAGAUAUUCCGAAUUAUCAAAAAACGCUGUUAAAGUCCUUCGCCCGUCUGGUAGUGGGCGUAGCAUGCGGUUGUACGUUGUUAAGUAUAUUCAUAACUCUCAUAGUUGCCUAUGCAACUAAGUAA